AUGACGCAGCCUUACACAUUUCAUAUAGAGAACACUGUAAGGCAAAUAUUGCAACUGUUCCGAGACUUCUCAGCUAAUAAUGAUUUUGGGCCAGAUUUUUUCAACACUCAACCUGGAAGUAAAAUUAAGGAUCUCCUAAACUAUGUUUACUUCUUAGAUAGGAGACUAAAUGCUCAACAAGAGUUAUCUCUUAGCGAGAUAUACGAAGAAAUUACAAAGUAUUCAGAUUUUAAUAGAAAAGGAUUGCAUAAAAUGUUUCUCCUUUGUGUAAUACUUGAUAUAUUUACGGAUCAGAAAGAAAAAGUUCCAGUUAAUUCAUUCUGGCCUAAUUUCUACAAAUUGCUCUUGGAUGUACGUGAUAAAAAGCAAUUUUUGGUAGAGAUCAGUGCUGCUUCUAUUUCAAAAUAUUUACUGCUAAAUCCAGAAGCAGUAGAAGACAUAUUCAACUCUUUCACGUCUACUCGUAACACUAUUAAUUCAAUCCAAUUUUUAUCGCUUCUAAGACUCCCAGAAAAGCUUCCAAACGAGCAGUCAGUUGCUAUAACGCUCACAAUUUCCAAAGUUUUAUGCAUGGCCGUAAAAGAUAUUCCGUUAGACUUCAUCAAGACAGCGUUGCUUAACAUUUCAUCUCAAAUUAUCAUCCAAAACGAAUCAGAUAUUAUUGGGAUUUUGAAAUACCCUCAAAUUGCCCAAAGUUCAAUAAUUAAUCUUUUAACUUCGGCAAUUUACAUAACGAUUCCAGAUGCUGAAGUAAUUGCGAAUAGAAUUGACGAUUUUAUUCAAUUUGCUACUACAUGCGAUUGUUUAAAGCAAACAUUUGCUACAAUUGAAAAUUUCUUCAAUUCAAUCACAAGUUUGCCAGCUGAAAAAGUUGAUGGAUUCAUUAAAGUACUCAGUAAAUUUUCUAUUAGCAUCCCUCCAUCUCCAAUUCAAACAGAAAACGCUGCAGUUCGAGCAGCAAAAUUUGUGAAGCAUUUAUAUGAAUUAAACCCACAAGUACCAUUCCAAUUGGUUUGUGAUUACUUACGACUUUCUACGAUUAACUCCGAUAUCCUCAACGUUCUGUUUUCUACCAAAAUUCUCGGAUCACAAGAAAGUUGGAAGAAUGUUGACAUUCUUAUGGUAUCUCCAAUCAUAGAGAACAUAGUUCGCUCAUGGGAUGUUAGCGCUGCCCGUUCAAACAGCAUUGUUUUUGCAAAUACUUUAAUUCUCUUUUUACAGAAAGCUACAGAAAUGGUUAAGAGCGUCAAACGCAUUGAUGAUAACACAGCAAUGCAGAAUAUCAUGAAAAACAAAGUGGAUGACAUUGAAGAAGCUAUUUCAAAUUUGCCGUUCGAACAAUUACAGUCAAUGUGUACUGUAAUGACAUUCCACAAGGACAAAGAUAUGAGAUUAGCGGCAUACAAUUUAUUAAUCCAAACUGCAGAACUAUUUAAAGUUGCAAAUACAGAUUGGAAAGAUUACAGUCUCGAUGAACAGCCAUUUAUCAUAAGGUUUAACUCAGAGUUCAACUAUGUAACAAAGCGAAUGUUCGGAAAACCUCGUGAUAUUAUCAGUAUUUUGUCUGAAGAAGGAAUUCGUAUUGAUUGCAGCACAAACAUGUUCAAAAAGAUUGCUGCAUCAAAUCAUCCGCUCAGCAAACAUGUGUUUACGGGCUUGGUUAAGUAUUCCGAACAAAUGCCAUGGUUUAUUGAGGGAGUUUCCUCAAUGUACUCAAUGGAGAUGCAUAAUGAGAUGACAGUUAGCUUCCUCAGGCCAGAGAAAUUCAUUCAACUACUCAUUACUAGCAAAAAUAUUCAUUUUAUCGCAAGAAUGUCAGGAACUGCAUUCCCUCUCAUAAUUCCUCACAUUAACUUCGAUAUAGACUUAGAAUCCCUUGCUUCUAUCAUUAGAUAUAUUAUUUUAGUAUGGGAUGAAAAUCCAAAGUCAUUUUCAGAUCCAUCCUGCAAACCAUUCCUUGAUAAAGUCAUUGCAUUGUUUGAUGAAAAGCCAGAUAUCACAAGAUGCAAUGAUUACGUCAUUGCUCUUGGAUUAAUUGCUUCAUUAGUUUUGCAUGGAAUGAUCGAUCCUAUUCAAAAGAUGACAGAGUUCUAUGUUGUUGUUCUCACAGCUGUUCAAAGGGAUACUUUGCACGAGAACAAAGCUCUUGUCAAAGCUGCUCAUCAGACAUUCCUUUGUUUGUUGAAAUCCAAUGCUUACAACGAUCAUUCAGUUGACUUCCUUAGUGAUACAACUAAUUACGAACUGACAUUUAACACAAUCAUGGAAGUACUUAGAAUUAACACUUCGAAAGUUAAAGAUUUAGUUUCAACUUUCUUAGUUUAUGCUCCUUAUCAGACGACAGAUGCUUUAUUGAAACUAAAACCAGAAAUGAUUGAAGAAUCAUUCUGUUUCUAUUCAUAUCUUAUGUGCGAAGAAGCUCCAGAGACAACAACAAACUAUUUGGACAGUUACAUUGAAGAAAAGUACUCAUACAAGUACGAGGAAUAUAAGAAUUACGAAGCAGGCCCAACAUUGUAUCUUGUAGAACAUUUUUCAGACUAUGUUCCAAUCUAUUUCAAACAAAUUGAAUCUAUGAGACAUUCUUCUCCAAAUGAAGAACAUUUCUUGAAACUUACAAGAGUUACAGCAAUGAUGUUAAAUUCUAAAAUAGAAUUAAAAGAAGAAUUUCUUUUAACAGCACUUAAAUUAGCAAAUGACUUAAGCCAGAAACCAAUGGCAUUCACAAUGAGUAUUAGAAAGCUUUGGCGUGCUAUGAUGAGAACAGAACAAAGCACUUUAUUCAUUUUCAAGAACUUGUUUGAAAUGGAUGUAACAAAUGAUUCCGUCGAUUCCUGCUUGAGUGAAUGUCCACAGCAAUACCUUGGAAAGGUUGUCGAAAGUAUACAAACAAUGAUGGAAAACUUGUUGAUUCAAAGACCAACAAUCAAAAUUUCAAAACAAAGAAUCAAAAUCUUCAAAAUGCUCAGUCAAACACCUAUCACUCCGAAAUUAUUGUACAUUGCUUCUGUCUUCUUGACAUCGAAAGUUCCAAUAUUGUAUUACACGUCAAAGAGGAAGCUUCUAAUGCAACUUGGAGAUAUCACUGACAAAUACAAGAAUUCAAUUGAAUUGUUACAAGAAGUUUAUAAGAAGAUUGGCGAAGAAACAAUACAAUAUGCCAAAACUUGCGCACUCCAAACUUUCGUUCUAACAAGAGAUAAAGAUAUCUUUAGAGGAAUUGCUAUAUUCUUGUUAGCAUCUGCAAGUGUUUACCCUUCAACGAAUUUCGAUCAAAUCAUUCAGAGAACAACAGAAGUUGUUAGACAAAGUUUCAAUGAUGUGAGUGAUUUCGAUAAAUUCUUUAGUAAUCUAUUUACUGCUUUCCGUGAUAGCGUUGACGUUCAUCCUAUUCCCGUAAGUUUAUUCAACUCACUUUUAAGACAUGGAAUUUCAUUGAUUGAAAAUGGUUUCCCACAUGUUAAUGAAGCCAUUGCACAGCUGUUUAUUUCAGCUUCAAGACAUGGAUACUUCGAUGAAACUAACUCCCAUUUGUUAGAAGAAUCAUUUAGAUUAAUGCUAUAUGGAGAUAGAAUUUAUGCUUCUUUGGUUUCAAGUGUUAUAGAUAGAAUCAAAUAUGAUACAAUUCAAGAUUCAACUGCGAAAGUCUGGGCCAAAAUUUUGAAUUGCACACAAGUUCUCAGUGAAGAAAUACUUACAAAACAUCUUUUGUCAAGCUUCAUGAGAGCUGUAGUUUUCGGAGAUUUCAUUAUCCCUCAGAAAUUAUCAAUCCUCUUCAGAACUAAAUCAACAAUCCCAGAACCAGGUUUGAACAAGUUCGUGAAGAAGUUUGGAACAUUUUUGAUGUCAUCAAAUGAAGUUUCUCCAUGGAAUGCGAUUACUUUAUUGACUGCGAUCACUACAGGUUGCGGUCAGUUCGAAAUGCUUCCGAAGAUGAUAAUUCAUCACUUUAAGAAUAUCACCAAAGUUAAAGAUGAUAGUUUCUCAUUUGAAUCCAGUAAUUAA